ACUUUGAAUUGGAAUAAGUCAAAGCAUUGUGAAGAAGCAUCAAAAUGACGGGACGAGCAAGAGCGAGAUCAAGAGGCAGAGGUCGUGGUCAAGAGCCUGCUGCUCCUGGCGCACAACCACCAUUAUCACAAGAGGCUGCAAAGCCUGUUAUGCCCACUCCAUCUGAAGGACAGCUGGUGGGCAGAGGGAGACAGAAACCUGCACCUGGAGCGAUGUCUGAAGAAGUGAUGCUGCAGAUUUCUGCAGGCUUUCAGCAGGUAAAGAUAGGGGAGAGAGGUGGGCGCAGGCGGGAUUUCCAUGAUUCUGGUGUCCACACUCGCCAGCUCAUGGAACAUGUGAAAGAGUCCAAAUCAGGUGUUUCAGGCACUGCCAUUGAGCUGAGGGCCAAUUUCAUGCGCCUGCUUUCACGGCCUCUGUGGGCUCUGUAUCAGUACCACGUGGACUACAAGCCACCUAUGGAGUCCCGACGCCUGCGCUCGGCUUUGCUUUUCCAGCAUGAGGAGACUCUGGGCAAAGCACAUACCUUUGAUGGAGCAAUUCUCUUCCUCCCAAACAAACUGCACAAUACUGAGACAGUCCUGUGCAGUGAGACCAGAAAUGGAGAGAAGGUUGAGAUCACUGUCACACUGACCAAUGAACUCCCGCCAUCCUCUCCUGUAUGCCUGCAGUUUUACAACAUCCUCUUCAGGAGAAUCCUGAGGAUACUAAACAUGCAGCAGAUCGGACGCCAUUACUACAAUCCUGAUGAUCCAUUCAACAUUCCCCAGCACAGGUUGACAAUUUGGCCUGGCUUUGUGACCACCAUCCUUCAGUAUGAGUCAAGCAUCAUGCUGUGCACCGAUGUGAGCCACAAGGUUCUGCGCAGUGAGACGGUCCUUGACUUCAUGUACAGUCUGAGGCAGCAGUGUGGAGACCAGCGAUUCGCUGAAGCCUGCACAAAGGAGCUUGUGGGACUGAUUAUUCUGACCAAGUACAAUAACAAGACAUACAGGAUCGAUGACAUUGCCUGGGAUCAUACCCCUAACAACACAUUCAAGAAGGGAGAUACAGAGAUCUCGUUUAAGAACUACUUCAAAACGCAAUAUGGUCUGGACAUAACAGAUGGCAACCAGGCUCUUCUGGUUAGUCAUGUGAAGAGACCUGGCCCUGCAGGACGGCCUCCACCGGGACCUGCCAUGCUCGUUCCAGAGUUUUGCUACCUCACAGGUUUGACAGAUAAGAUGCGAGCCGAUUUCAACAUCAUGAAGGAUCUUGCCUCGCACACAAGGCUGAGUCCUGAACAGAGAGAGAGCAGAAUUAACCGCUUAAUCUCCAACAUCGACAGAAACGGAGACGUGCAGAAUGAACUUACUACUUGGGGUCUGAGCUUUGAGAACCGACUGCUGAGUCUGAAUGGAAGAGUUCUGCCCUCUGAGAGGAUUAUACAGGGAAGCAGAGCGUACGAGUAUAAUCCAUGGGCAGCUGACUGGUCUAAAGAGAUGAGAGGUCUCCCUCUGAUAAGCUGCAUGAAUCUGGACAACUGGCUGAUGUUCUACACACGCCGGAAUGCAGAAGUUGCCCAAUCUCUGCUUCAAACUCUCAACAGAGUGGCUGGGCCCAUGGGAAUCCGCAUGCAGAGGGCUAUCAUGAUUGAGUACGAGGAUCGUCAGGAAUCUCUCCUAAGAGCCCUGCAGCAGAACGUAGCACGUGAAACACAGAUGGUGGUUGUGAUCCUGCCUACCAAUCGAAAGGACAAGUAUGACACUGUGAAAAAGUUCCUGUGUGUGGACUGCCCCACUCCCAGCCAGUGUGUGGUGUCUCGCACCAUCAGCAAACCUCAAGCGCUUAUGACUGUGGCCACCAAGAUUGCUUUACAGAUGAACUGCAAAAUGGGAGGAGAGCUGUGGAGUGUAGAAAUCCCCCUCAAGCAGCUGAUGAUCGUAGGCAUAGACUGUUACCAUGACACCGCUGCUGGGAAGAGAUCCAUCGGAGCACUGGUGGCCAGUCUGAACCAUGGCAUGUCCAGGUGGUUCUCCAAGUGUGUCUUGCAAAACCGUGGUCAGGAGAUCAUCGAUGCACUGAAAGGGUCGUUGCAAGCUGCUCUGAAGGCCUAUCUGAAGUACAACAAUUCCCUGCCCUCACGCAUCAUCGUGUACCGAGAUGGAGUUGGAGAUGGCAUGCUGCAGAGCGUGGUGGACUACGAAGUUCCUCAGAUCAUGCAGUCCAUCAAGACCAUGGGGCAAGAUUACGAGCCCAAGCUGACAGUUGUGGUGGUGAAAAAGCGCAUCAGCUCCAGGUUCUUUGCCCGGAUUGAUGGCAAAAUUGCCAACCCUCCUCCUGGAACAGUCAUUGACACUGAGGUCACUCGUCCAGAGUGGUAUGAUUUCUUCAUAGUAAGUCAGGCUGUGCGCUUUGGUUGUGUCUCACCUACGCACUACAAUGUGAUAUUUGACAACAGUGGCCUCAAGCCAGAUCACAUGCAGAGACUCACCUACAAACUCUGCCACAUGUACUACAACUGGCAGGGGAUUGUCCGAGUGCCUGCACCAUGUCAGUAUGCCCACAAACUGGCCUUCCUGGUUGGUCAGAGCAUUCACAAGGAGCCCAACAUGAACCUGGAUGACUUCUUGUACUACCUGUAACCUGCUUAAGUGAUAAGAUGGAGGGUCUGGAAGAAUAAAUGGGCCAUUCUUAGUUUCUUUUUCAGGUUGAAUCAGUUGAGUGAAAA